AUGAGUGCUAUUCUGGAUUCAUAUGAACUACUUGUCACAACUCAAGGUAUGGAUCUAGAACCGAUUGGCACGCCUGAUCCCACCAAUCCUAAGGUUAUCAUCCCUCUAGAUGUUGCCCUUAUCAAAGUAUGGAAGAUGCGGAAUGCAGAUGCACUUUGUGCUAUUGUCACAAGUGUAUCUGAUUCUGUACUUAUGUUGAUCCAGUAUACAUCCAAGGCUGUAGAUGCUUGGAAUGGUCUAAAGAAUCAAUAUGAAACAAGGAACCAGACACGCAUUCAAAAUUUGGAGAGUCAACUUGCUGCAGAAAAGCUAUAUAACGGAGAAUUGGCAGAAGUAUUCAUCACCAGAAUAAAAAAUCUGUGUGAUCAGAUGGUAGCAGUGGGCAUAGCAAAGACUAAUGAGGAGUUAGGUCGAAGAUGUAUUCGAGUGUCGCCAUCAAAAUAUGACAGUCUGAUUAAAGGCAAGGACAAUAAUGUUGAAAAGAAGAAGGGAAAGAACAAGAAGAAGUUUUCUUGUACGUGCAACUACUGCAACAAAAAGGGGCAUACAACCAAGGAUUAUAGAAAACGUAUCCACGAUGAAAAGAACGGCACAUUGAAGCCUACGUGGAAUGUUAGACAGUGGAGCUUCGCGACACAUGACCAGCAAAAGGACUGGCAUGGUUCCCUUAAGCCUCUACAUGAACCUAUAAAUGUGAUUGUCGGAAAUAAUGCAAAGUGUCUAGUAGAGGGCAUUGGAUCCAUUUUCUUGAAAAUCACGAAUGGCCAAGGUAAAAAUCUUUCAAAUUUCCUUUAUGUUCCUCAAAUUAAGAGGAAUCUUUUAUCUGUGGUUGCUAUCACUGACCGUGACUAUGAAGUACGAUUUAUGAAAACAAAGGUUGAGAUCAUUAAUAGCAAUGACAGCAUUGUGGGCGAAGGUAUUUGA